AUGUUAUCAAAAUUAAUUUUAGGAUUCUGCCUAUGGAUUCCUUCUCAUACCUACGCCGCUCUAUUGCAAUUCCACGCGACAUCGAGUGUAGCACACACAUCUUCAGAUCUCAGCGAAGCUAACGCACCAGCUGGUGCUGUUUCUGCAAUCACCUGGAGUCCUGGAACAAUGACGAUGACCGAGAGAAUGACAGAAGGCGCGCAAGCUGAAAGAACCCAAGAUGAAUUAACCCACGACGCUUUAUUGGUAGAUUUCGACCAAGAUGUUCAUACUGGACAGGUCCCAAAUAUGGCAACCUUAAGGAGAUUGCUUCGUCAAUCCACUGAAAUCUCACCUAGCCCGGGCCAGGGCCAGACCGAUCUUCAUGCACCAAAUUUAGUUGGAAUGAGAAGAUACAGUUCAGAAGAACUCUAUCAUAUCGAACAGAAAGCUAAACAAAUGAAGAAUGGGUUUGAUUACACAUACUUACCAGAUGGUAAAUUUCUAAGAAACCAAAAGACCAUGUGGGAUGUUCAUGGAUUCGGUGGAAGGAUCAGAGUUUAUGAUUACGAAGAUCAUGAGUUAUUAUAUCAAACAGAUUGUUGUUAUUGUAAAGGUCAGAAAAGAGAUUGGGAUGAUCUGACGACUGGAGAAGCUUGGUUAGAGAUUGCUGCUUAUGGAUGUGGUGGGAUAGCUUGUGGUGCAUUGACUUUUGCAGUCAAGAUGAUGUGUGGACUCUAA